UCAAGAAAUGAACGGAUGUGACUGUUAGGAUAGUUGGGGACAUUUAAACCGGCAUUUGUAAUAUUCGUAAGCAUGUUGCCUUUACAUCAGGGUGACAAGGAGUACGCUGCUGGGUCGAAGAUCAAGCAAAAAGCAGCAGGAUGGCUGAGAUUGAUAUUCUCAGACCAGACUUCAAGAAAUCUGUUCUUUUUUAUGUUGUUGAAUCUCUCAUUUGCUUUUGUUGAACUUACAUAUGGAAUUUGGACGAACAGUUUGGGCCUCAUAUCUGAUUCCUUCCACAUGUUUUUUGACUGUACAGCCCUGCUUGCUGGCCUAGCCGCCUCAGUCAUAUCUAGAUGGCGAGCCACAGAAGCUUAUUCCUAUGGGUAUGUUCGUGCUGAAAUAGUAGCUGGGUUUGUGAAUGGACUUUUCUUACUUUUCAUUGGAUUUUUCAUCUUUUCGGAAGCUGUAGAGAGGUUGGCUGAGCCCCCAGAAGUGAAACAUGAACGACUCUUCCUGGUGUCAGUGGCUGGAUUCAUUGUCAAUCUUAUAGGAAUUUUCGCUUUUCAACAUGGACACGGCCAUUCUCAUGGUGGUGGAGGAGAUCAUGGUCACUCUCAUGGUGGACAUGGACACAGUCAUGGCUUGGGAAUGGAGUCUCACAGUGAUCAAGACAACCACGGUCACAGUCACGAUGGAGGUCAUGCUCAUGGCGAAUUAGAUUCCUCAAAAAAAGCAGCACAAUCUCAAAUCAUGCAAGGUGUAUUUUUACAUAUAUUAGCAGAUACACUAGGCAGUGUGGGAGUCAUUAUCUCCUCUGGGUUGAUACACUAUUUUGGAUGGAUGCAGGCAGAUCCUAUAUGUUCUUUAUUCAUAGCUAUUUUAAUUACAAUAAGUGUUUUGCCAUUACUUAGAGAUUCUGUCGGUAUUCUCAUGCAGAGAACACCCAGAUCAUUGGAGUCACAACUACCAUCAUGUUAUAAUAGAGUGAGUCAGUUAGAGGGAGUCUACAGUGUCCAGGAGCCUCACUUUUGGACGUUGUGCAGUGACGUCUACGUCGGAACAAUAAAGUUGGAAGUAUCAUCUAAAGCCGAUGCCAAAUAUAUUUUAAGCCAUACACAUAAUUUAUUUACACAGAUUGGAGUAAGACAGUUGUAUGUACAGAUUGAUUAUUCUGCCAUGUAGGUGUCAAGUACCAAGUGACCUUCAUCUCUAUAAACUCAUAUGACCUCUGACCCUGAGCAUCAACUCAUAUGACCUCUAACCCUGAGCAUCAAUAUAAGUUUCAUUUUAGUAUGCUGAUUCAUCAUGUGCAGUGUAAAUGAAUGUGUAAGUGGGAGUGUGAAAAAUGCUGGCAUCAAAAAGGACAACAUAAAUUCAUUAUAAACUGUAUUUGGAAGAAUGCAGUAUUUCCUAUGCCAGAUUAUCAUCAAGAUUUUUGGACUUAUGAUAAAGAUUCAUCUAUAUGCCUUGCCUGGUAAACAAUGUUGAAUUUACCCGACACAAUUCCUGUUAGUCAGAUGUAUCACCAACUUAAUACAUUUGUACUGCUCUUUGACUUAUACAUCAUAGUGUAUAAUCUUGAUUCCAAAUUAAUGAUAUGCUAAUUCAGUUUAAACAAAAAAUAAUCUUUGUUGGACUUAGUUUAAUGUCUGAUUUUAGCGAUUUUUAUAACAUUCUACAAUUUAAAAGAAACUUGUUUUUUAAGUCAAUUCUUUUGUGGUAAAUUUGUGUCAAAAUUUUCACUGACAAAUUUCACAAUUUACAAAGGGCAUGCGAGGGUUUAUGUACGUGACAAUAGCAAAUUAAACAACAUUAAAAUUCAUACUAAGGUCUAGAUUGUUUCAUGAUCAUUGUGGUUUCAUAUUUUGGCCUGAUGUAAUGGUCAAAUAAUUUCAUCUCUUGGAUAAGUUCAAUUAUUUUUCUAUAAUAUGAGCUGAUUUUUCUGUUAUCAUUUGUUAAGUGUUGCUCUGUGUUACUGAUUCUAACAAUCUUUUAAAUCUUUUGUUGUGAAAAGGAUUUGUAUUUUGUUUUGUACAUUGGUGAAAUAUUGGUUACAAUCCAAAAUAAAGCUGGAUUUUCUUAUGAUGAUUCCUCAGUGAGGUGGAAAAAUGUAACUUUCAAGCAACAAGUAUUAGGAUCAACUUUCAAAAAAUCAUGGGCAUUGAGCAGUUUUAUUCCUGUGUCUGACGAAAACCACUGUCAAUCUAAAAAACUCUGCUAAAAAUUAAAAGGAUAGAUUUUUUUGCAUCUCAAAAAAGUUAUAUCAGGAUCAUUUAAGUUAACAGCAAAUAAGCGAAAAGAUUAUAUUUGUGAUGUUAAUAUUAUUGAAACUGAAAACAAGUUUUUUUUUGUCCUUAGAUUCAUAUUCUGCAUGUUAAUACAAGUGGGAAUGAAUUUGAGAAGUUUGCUUUACCGGUAAGUUUAAUUGAACUACCCUAAUAUGAUGAAGUUUGGUACUACUGGAUCCCAGUCUGUAGAUAAAUCCACUAUAUUAUUAAUUAGGUGUAUAAUUGAGGUAAAAACAUCACCUGUACUAUCAAUACAUGUAUAGACCCUGCUACUAAGUUACUGGACAGUACUCAUUAAAAGGACAUGGGUGGUAUUGGAUGUUUUUUGGGUUUUUUUAAUACAAUGUAUGUUGGCAAAAUGUUUUCUGCUUUGAACAGCCUAAGACAGAAUGUUUGGUUACUGUACGAUAAAAGGAGGGUGUAGAAUGCUUUGGAUUUCUCCUUGCAUAUGUGGAAUGUAAACCAAAGAAUUAAUUUAUUUAUUUGAGGUAUUUAAUACAUGUAGUUAUUGUUAAAAUGUGAUAAAUCUGAUGCAUUCCAUCAAUGAAAUUGAGCAAAAGUAAGGGAUCAAAUGAAAGACAUGAUUUUAGGAAUUAUGAAUAAAAUUUUGAUAUGUACAUAAGUGAAUCUAAUUUAGAAAAUAUGGAUUACAUGUCAUUGUAGUAUUGUUUAAAAGAAAAAAAGAAAAAAAAACAUGCCCAUGAUGUGGUUGGUUGAUAUGUUUAGUGUUCUGUGUAUCUAGUAACUUAGAUACUACUGGCAGGUAAUCUGUUUGUUGAUGACAAGUCAAUUCUAUUGGUUGUACGAUUGUUAAGAAAAUUACAUUAUGAACAUCUAUUAUAUGUAUACAUAGAUGAAGCUAAAUGGGAAGAAAAAAUUAGUGGCAUCUAUCAAUGCUGUAUGAUGUAGAUGGAGAAAUCUUAGCCCAGUUUAUCUUUCUUGGUCUACAACAAGCUGAGGUAAUUAUUUUCGUCGAAUCAGAAGUAAAAUGCAGCAUUUACUUUGUGUUCCUGACAUUAAAACUUGAUGAUCUAUGAUUGUUACUCUACAGUGCAUGCCAGCUGUCGGGAAUUAAGGGCUAGACAGGGAUUUUUCACCGUCAAAAUAGAGACUACAUAGUUAGUUUCUUUAAAUACAAGGUGUAUUUAGGCAAUGUUAAGAAAUGAUAAAUACAAGGUGUAUUUAGGCAAUGUUAAGAAGUGACUAAGAUGGUGAUAUUUUUAUGUAACAGAAAUGCUGAUGUUAGGUGCCAAUCAACCUCUAUAAUGAAUAGACUCGGAUUAGACAUUUAAGAAUAUUUCCCCAGGGUUGAUAUUUUUUUGUCUUACGCCAAAGGUGGGGAGAGAUUUUCUUCAUCAUUUCCUGGAUGUUGAAGAAGGGCUUUGCUGUGUAUCCUAGUGUAAACGACUUAUCGGUUUACAUAGAGUGAAAUAUACAGAAUUUCAGGAAACAUCAGAAUUUUGUGUCAUUAGAUAUUCAAAAUGAUGUUCUAUCUAUAAAAAAAGAAGCAUUUUCAGAGAACUUGUUGGUAGGGCUGUAUUACAGCUGUAGUUUAUUUUAUUAGUUCCUACCCUCACACGUCCAGUGCUACUUUCAGGACCUUUAAUGGCUGCCUGAUAGAUAACGAAUAUUUCACUAGUAUGGCUGAAUAAGGAUCCUGCACGUGCAGUAGAGAUAUAAUCCAGACACCAACAUCCUAGAGACUGCAUUUCCAGAUGUUGGGAAACUCUAUAGGGAUCCACAAACUUCAUUCUAACUUUGUCUUUGAAAAACUGUCCUGACUAACAGGGAUCCACUGUACUAGAAGCCAUAACCUGUACAGUUAGACUUACCCUGCAAGUCGUCGUGGUCAGGGUACAGUUUUAACACGGUUUGUUACUUUAUUUGUUAAUAUUUGGUAUAAACAAAAAGACAGUUUUCAUUGUUUAUUGACCAAAACUGUUCCUAAACUGACAAACACCGAGCACAUUUUUGUUUUGCUGUAAUAUUAUUUUAGAUGUAUUACUGUACUGUAUUAUAAUUAAGAUUUCAUAGCAAGGUAUUAGGUACCCCUGUGGACUUUAUUCAUGUUCAUUUCAAAUGCAAUAUCUGACAGGUGCCAGUGUGUAAUUUUACCAUGUAACUGCCACCAUAGGAUCACCUGGUUUGUCUGGGCUGUGUGUAACAACAUUUGUGUAACUUGUGGAGCAGCUGUUCGUUGUUAUGGUAUGAGAAAGGUAUUUGAUGCAAAGCAAAUUCUGUGAUUAUGGUAUUUGUUACUUUGGCUGCAAAAGUCUCACUUUUUCUUUUAUUCCUUGUGAAUUUUGAAUUGUCUUUUACCUAAAGGAUUUUUUUCUUUGUGUACUUUUUUUUAGAUAACUAUUUUUUUUCUUAAAUCAGAAGUUUUAGUAAAACAAUCAAAAUCGUGUGGGUAGUACACUUUGUACAACUACGUGAACUUUUCAUUUGAUUGUAUAGUCUGUAAUUGUUACAUGCAGAGUGUGUGUUUGUUGUCAGUCAGACAUAAAUCACAUAUGUCAUUCAAUGAACUAUUUUCUCCGAGAGACAACAUUUCAAGCGAGGUCAUGGUCUGUUCAAACUUUCAUUGAACCAAAAUUUUUGUCACAUAAGAACUGCCAAUGGAAGGAAUGUCUUGUACAGGUAUUUCGACACUUGCCACUGAGCUUCCUGAAUGUGCAUUGCUUCACAAAAUCAUAAAAGUAGCUGUGCAAUAUGAUUUGGUUUAAAUCUAUUCAGUAUAACAUUGUUAUUGUUUUUGUUUGAUAUUUUUAACUGCCACCAUUUCAAGUUGUCAAACAGACUAUGCAACUAAUGCAUAGACUAUUAGUCAUAACUGACAAUUUCUAAUAUGUACUGUACAAUGUACAUAUGUGUGACAUGUGCUGUACACUGAACAUGUGGAAUAUAUUCUGUACAAUGUACAUAUGUGUGGCAUGUGCUGUACACUGACCAUUUUUAAUAUGUACUGUACAAUGUACAUAUGUGUGGCAUGUGCUGUACACUUACCAUUUCUAAUAUGUACUGUACAAUGUACAUAUGUGUGACAUGUGCUGUACACUGACCAUUUGUAAUAUAUUCUGUACAAUGUACAUAUGUGUGACAUGUGCUGUACACUGACCAUUUCUAAUAUAUUCUGUACAAUGUACAUAUGUGUGACAUGUGCUGUACACUGACCAUUUCUAAUAUGUAAUGUACAAUGUACAUAUGUGUGACAUGUGCUGUACACUGACCAUUUCUAAUAUGUAAUGUACAAUGUACAUAUGUGUGACAUGUGCUGUACACUGACCAUUUCUAAUAUAUUAUGUACAAUGUACAUAUGUGUGACAUGUGCUGUACACUGACCAUUUCUAAUAUAUUCUGUACA